AUGUCAUUGAUAAUAAUGAUAUCUGUGUAAACAUGAGACAAAUUUGUCUAUAUGGAAGCAAGUUGCUAUUUGUGUUCUCAGUUCUGGCAUUUCGAUAGUGUGCGGUGGUGACUAAAGACUUGUAAAUAAAUGUAAAUUAAUGUUUUGUUAUAAUUAAUAUUUUUAUUACUUUGUGAAUAUUUAGUAAUCGUGAUGACAAAAACAAAUAGAAAAGUGCAAUAUUUGGCGGGUUUGUGUGUAUCAUUGGCAUUCACGUUUACUGGGGCUGUAAAUACUUGGGCUUCACCUGCGAUUCCAAAGUUCAAAAAUGGCGAUGCGAACAUUGUUAUUUCAGACGCACAAACAUCGUGGGCAGUAUCGGUAUCGGCCUUGGGGUCAUUGCCAGGAUGUUACUUUGGCCGGGAGCUGAGCGAACGUGUAGGACGUCGAAAAACUAUAAUCCUGGCCGCAGUUCCAGGAUUUGUAGGUGCGAUGAUCAUUCUAUUUACGAAAUCCCCAUUGCUGAUGUGUUUUGCAAGGAUUCUGAUGGGGAUUGCAAAUGGCAUCACUGCAGUUGUUACAAUGAUUUAUUUGACAGAAAUAGCGGAUAAGGAAAUUAGAGGAGCCUUGGGAAUGUUGGUACAGGUUAUGAACAAUUUGGGAAGUUUGGUCCUUUAUGGUAUAGGGCCGUUCGCGUCGUACAACGUGUUGAACUUGAUAGUACUUUUUAUAUCUGCGUUCUUCGCUCUGUUAUGUCUGUGGGUACCCGAAUCUCCUUAUUACCAUUUGGCGAGAGGAAACGUAGCUGCCGCAAAGAAAUCAUUUUUGUUUUUGAAAGGUUCUAAGGACAGUAAGUGGGCUGAUGAACAAAUGGGUAUAAUGAGAGUGCACGUUCAAGAGAGUAUGGAAAAUAGAAGCACUCUCAGAGAAUUGAUCAGUAACAUGAAAUAUAGGAGAGCUAUCUACAUCAUCGCUGGCUUAAAAGUCUUGCAGUAUAUGACCGGUAGUUUGGCUAUACAAGCUUAUUUGGAGGUAAUAUUCCGUCAGAGCAGUUCAAUAUCGGGGCCGUACGCUAGUAUUGUUUAUGGAUUCGUCCAACUUGGUGCAGGUAUCGGAGCUACUUUUCUGGCUGGAUAUUUCGGUAGGCGGAUUCUCAUGCUGUUUUCGAGCCUCGGUGUUGCCAUGUCGCUAACAAUAGUCGGUGUAUAUUUUUUCUUAAAAGACUCUGUAGUCGUGAACAAGGAGGUUUUAUCAUCAAUAUCUUCGUUGCCAUUAAUCGGGGUUCUGGGUUUUAAUGUUUUGUAUGCAGCCGGUUUAGGAAAUUUGCCUUACAUAAUGCAAGCCGAGCUGUUCCCUAUGAACGUUAAAGCGAUCGCUUCUAGUAUGGCGACAAUGCUCGCCUGUGUGCUGGCGUUUUCCGUGACUAAGUCCUAUCAAGGUAUCAAGGAUGUUUUCGGUCACUACACGGUGUUUUGGUCCUUUGCCGCCGUCGCUGGCUUCGGAGUGUUCUUCAUAUAUUUCUUCGUCCCCGAAACUAAGGGGAAAACGUUAGAGGAAGUCCAAGACAACAUGCAAGAGGCAGUCGUAGAAAUAGAAAGACUAAACAAGACGGAUAAUUGAGUAAUUAAAACUUACUAUAAUGAUUAAUAAUGUUUUUUCCAGUUGUUACGAAUUAACAUAGUGUGUUCAUACUGUUACCUUAUUUAUGAGUCGUUAAGAUUGUUACAUAUGUAUCUGGAUGUGAAAAAAACAUCACAUUUUGAGUUCAUAUUGUUAACAUUACAGGGUAAACCGUUUCGAUCUUUUUUUUAAGUUUAAAAAAAAAAUAUGUGCAUAUUAUUAAGUGAAAAAAGAACUAAUAACACGACAUUUACAUUUUACGUGUACAAAAAGCAUAUUGUAGAAUUAAUAUGUCAUAUAUUUUUAAAGUUUUUAUUUUAGUAGUCUCGAGAUGUAUUGAUAUACGCUCAUGAUCAAUUGUUAUCGUAAACAAAAUACUCAAAGAAAAUUUUAUAAAUCGACCAUAGAUUUUAUACAUUAUUUAUAAUGUGUGUUGCCAAAGUGAAAACCAAAUGUAUAUUUUUAUAUAAAAUACAUUAUUUAUAUUUAAAAAUAA